CUCCGCUUCCUCCCGCGGUCCCCGCUUCCGCGGUGUCCACGGUCCUCCCGGGUGGCGCCUUCCUGCCCGCGCCGCGCUCUGUGGCCGUUCCCCGUGGCCCUGUCUAGCCGCGCUUCCCGCGCUCUAUGGUAGCGGCGGUCCGCCCCUGCGGCUUUCCGGGCCGCUCUAGCCGGGCGGCCCGCCCCUGCAGGGCGCGCUCUAUGGUCCUGCGGCGGGGCCCGCUCUAGCCGCGCGCUCGGUGGCCGGAAGCGGCGCGCGCGCCACGCGGAAGCGCCGCGCCGUCGCCGGGCAGGUGCCACCAUGGCAGCGCCGGCGGCGGGCGGCGGCGGCGCGGAGCCGGGCCCGUCGGCAGCCUCGCGGCGGCUGAAGUACGCCAGCCUGGCGGUGCUGGUGGUGCAGAACGCCUCGCUCAUCCUCAGCAUCCGCUACGUGCGCACGCUGCCCGGCGAGCGCUUCCUCGCCACCACGGCCGUCGUCAUGGCCGAGGUGCUCAAGGGCGGCGCCUGCGUCCUGCUGCUGCUGCUCCAGCACCGCGGCAGCGUGCGGCAGACGGCGGCGGCGCUGCAGGCGGCGGUGCUGGGGCAGCCGGGCGACACGCUGCGCCUGGCGGUGCCCUCGCUCAUCUACACGCUCCAGAACAACCUGCAGUACGUGGCCAUCUCCAACCUGCCCGCCGCCACCUUCCAGGUGCCGCCCCCGGCCCCGCGCCCCUCGCGCCGGCCCUGGCCCCGCGGCGGUGGCCGUGUCCCCACGGCGGUGGCCGCGUCGCUGUCCCUGUCCCCACGGCGGUGGCCGCGUCCCUGUCCCCACGGCGGUGGGCGUGUCCCUGUCACCAUGGUGGUGGCCGUGUCCCUGCCCCUGGCCCCACGGUGCUGUCGCUGUCCCUGUCGCUCACCCCGUGGUGGUGUCCCCAUCCCCACGUCGCUGUCCAUUGCCCCACACCCCCGCCCCCACAGCCAUGGCGGUGUCCCCAACCCCAUGUCCCUCACUCCAUGGUGGUGUCCCCAUCCCCAAGUCCGUCUCCCCACCACCACGGUGGCAGCGGUGAGUGUCCCAGUGUCCCCCAGUAACCCCCAGUGCUUCCCAGUAACAUCUUGGCGCCGCAAUCCUGUCCCCCCCGAGCAGUGGGCGGCGAAGCAGGCGCGGGGGGGGCCCCCCGCCGGCCCCCACUGGCUGCGGCGGGACCUGCGGGUGCGCUGCGUCGACAAGGCCCACGGCGCCGGGCGCUACUACAACUGCAAGAUGGUGGUGGAGGACGUCGUCUCCCGGAACACGUGCGUGUGCCGCACGGACGAGGGGCUCCUGGUGGAGGGCCUGCGGGAAGCCAUGCUGGAGACGGUGAUCCCCCGCGGCGAGGCCGACCGCGUCAUGGUGGUGCUGGGGGAGCACGCCGGCAAGGUGGGCCGGAUCCUGGAGCGGGACCCGGCGCGGAGCCGGGCGCUGGUGCAGCUGCAGCGGGAGGCGGCGGGGCAGGUGCUGGCGCUGGACUACGACGCCGUCUGCCACUACGUGGGGGGCGCCGAGGACGACUGA